AUGUGGUUAUCAACAUUUCUAGCCUUACUUAUUUUUGUGGAAUGUGUUAUAGUUGUGUAUAUACCAGCAUAUAUAGAAAGUAAAUUAUCAAAAAUUAAGAAAAACAGAUUUUUUAAUAUGGAAAAUUUUGAAAACAUAGCAAGUGGUGCAAUAUUAGCUUUAGCCUUUUUGCAUAUGCUACCGGAAGUUAUAAUUUUAUCGAACAAAAAAAAUAUGAAUCUGUAUUAUAUUUUUAUAUUAGUACUUGUAUCUGUAACUUUUUUGAAUAUAACGGAUAUACUGUAUGAUCAUCACACUGAAAGUACUUUUGAUGUUAAUUGUACACUAACAUGUGAAAAUUCAAACAAUCAAAUUAAAAACAUAAACGAUAAAGAAAUUACUACAAAUUAUAUAGACAUAAAAUCAAAUGAAGUUAUAGAUUUAGAAUUGAAGGCAAUGGAUAAGAAUAUUAAUAACAACAACAACAACAAUAAUAAUAAUAAUAAUAAUAAUAAUAAAACUGAUCCAUGUAAAACUAAUAUAUUUUUUGAAAUAUUUAAAUCAAACUCUUUUUUUAUUGUUUUAAGCCUUUUUAUACAUUCUUUUAUAGAAGGUUUACUUAUGGGAAGUCUAAAAGAUAAAAAUGCUAUUAUAAUCGUGGGACUCUCAAUGUUAGCUCAUAAAUGGGCUGAAUGUUUAAUAGUUUAUAAGAACGUUGUUAACAAAAUAGAAAAUCCCUUACUAGCAAGCAUAUAUGCUUGGUCUUUUAUCUUAUCUUUACCAUUAGGAGUUUUUAUUGCAAUAUUUUCCUUCCCUUCAAACGAAUUUGUCGAAAUAAUUUUUAGUUCUAUUGCUUGUGGUUUUUUUCUGUAUCUUUCCUUUAACAUGACUAAGGAAAUAAAAAUAACAAAGAGUAAUAAGCAUUUCAUAUCUUUUAGUUAUUUCCUUGGAGUUGGAGGCAUGUCAACAUUGAUGAUAUUAUUUAAUUCUUUUGAAAGUAAUAAUAUAAUAUAG